GCCCUCACUCUGACGUCACAGCAUUCUGUGCUAGCUGGGAGCCUUAUAACUGCAGCCUGUGUCACUGUCCCCUCAACGAUCACCGCAGGCAAGGGCAACUGGAGGACUUACUACAAAUGUAGUGUUUCUGAAAAACUGCAAACCUUUCCAUCCAAGACACAGGGCAAAGGUGUAAAUUAAUAAAUUACUCCUAAUUCAGAGUAAACUUAAAACAAUGCCAGUAACAGACCAAGCCUUUGUGACCCUUGUCACAAAUGAUAUAUACUGUCAAGGAGCUCUGGUACUUGGAAAAUCUUUAAGGAACCACAGUACAUCCCGAAAACUGGUGGUAAUGAUAACCUCUCAUGUCACAAGUCGGAUGAGGGGAGUCCUAGCACACAUUUUUGAUGAAGUUGUUGAGGUGGAUGCUUUGAACAGUGCCGAUUCUGUUCGUUUGGCUUUACUGAGGAGACCAGAACUUGGAAUUACAUUCACUAAGCUUCAGUGCUGGACUCUUACUCGGUACACAAAGUGUGUGUACAUGGAUGCAGAUACAAUUGUCCUUUGUAAUAUUGAUGAACUUUUUGACCGGGAUGAACUCUCAGCGGCUCCUGAUUCUGGGUGGCCUGAUUGUUUUAACAGUGGUGUGUUUGUCUUUAAGCCAUCUGUUGAAACUUUCAACAGUCUUCUCCAGUUUGCAGAUAAUCAUGGAAGCUUUGAUGGAGGUGACCAAGGAUUAUUGAAUAGUUUCUUCAAUAACUGGGCAGUCUCCGAUAUCCAUAAACACUUACCAUUUAUCUAUAACCUGAGCAUAAGCUCUGUUUACACCUAUAGUCCUGCUUUUAAACAGUUUGGAUCUGAAGCAAAGGUGGUUCAUUUUAUUGGGACUCCAAAACCAUGGAACUUAAAAUAUAACCCACAGACCAAGUCUGUUGUGGAAGAUGAAUCCUUAAGUGGACAACAUAAUCUGUCAUUCCUUGUCCUCUGGUGGGAGAUUUAUAUUUCUGAUGUUCUGCCGUUUCUAACAGAAACAGCGGUAUCCGAGGGUUCAACUAGUGAACAGCACAACUUUGGAAGGAUUGAGCUAGUAAUGAAGAAUGAAAACCCUCCCCCUGUCUGCUCUCCAGAAGCUCCUAAUGACAUUGCUGAGAAGACCCUACCAGAUUAUAAUGCAGAGCAACAAACUUUCAAGCUACCCGAUUAUAAUGCAGAGCAACAAACUUUCAAGCUACCAGAUUAUAAUGCAGAGCAACAAUCUUUCAAACUACCAGAUUUUAAUGCAGAGCAACAAACUUUCGAUGACAGAGUUCAAGGUCAAGAUUUUGCGCUACCUACAGAAAUGAGCAUACAACAACCUGUAACUCAGGAGGAUGAUGACUUCGCUACGGCUCAACUCGCACAGACUGCUUCAGAGUUAUCCAUUCAAGAGGCAGAAGAAAAGUUAAGAACUGAAGAAGAGAGGAGAAAUUGGGAGCAGGGACACAUUGACUACAUGGGAAAAUAUUCUUUUGACAAUAUCCAAAAGAAACUGGAUAGAUUUCUACAGUAAAUUUAAUUAUUUAUUUUUUUUUUUUUUAUAAUUUUUUUU